GGGGCGGAGUGGCGGGCGCCGGCGCCGGGCGACGACGGGGUCGUGCUCCGGAGACUGCGUAGCGUUGCAGCAGUUGCGUGAGAGCGUCGCGAGCCGCUGGGGGUGUGUGGGUGGUGCGUGCCGGUGCGUGCUCGUCGCCAGUCGCCCGGACUCGGCCGUCCGCGUUGUUGGCUGGUUCCGUCUCGUGCGUUCGCCUCGGAGCGGCCAUCGAUCACGUACUCGUAACAAGUCGCCCGCCCAGUCGGGGAAGUGACGGAGGCGGCGGCAGCGUGCUCGUGUGUGUGUGUGUGGAUUGACAUGGACCGCGUUAAUCUGCUCGGUUCUACGCGUCUUCUCUAGACUGUCACAGGAUCUGCAUUACGUUGUAGGAUUAUGUACUGUGGCGGCGUCGUAAUGUGACGUGUUGCUGCUCCGUUUUGUGAUCGCGAUCUGCAGGAGCAGCUUGGGAUUUUUCAACCCUUGACGGCGGCCCGUAGUUGACUGUUGUGGACGCCGCGUGGCCGUCGUCGGACCGCAGCGUCUGACAGCGCUGACGUUUUCCUUCCCCUCCCCUCCCCCCUCUCUCCCCGUCUCAUCCCUUCGGGUUGUCCGUUCUCCUGCCCGUGUGAUAGUGCGCAGCUAGAGAUUUCUGACAGUUUGCGAGGGGUGACGGUUCGUGAUAAACGAGCCCUAGCGGGCGAUGCGUAGGCGGAUAUUGCCCGCUAUUUUAGUAUUUUAACAGUUUUACUUCUGGUGAGAGCACUUGCGGCUGUAGUGGUGUUUUAAUUUGCUGGGAUUUCCACGAAGAUACUUUUAAGUUUUCGUUUCGCUUUUUAAUUCGUAAGCCAUGGGGGAUCGUUUGGGUACACCUGCUUCGUACGCGGAAGAACUAGAAGUUCUAUGCAGCAAUCGUGUAAGCCAAAUGACUAAGACCUACAAUGAUAUAGAAGCAGUAACACGGCUUCUAGAAGAGAAAGAGAAAGACCUUGAAUUGACUGCACGGAUAGGCAAGCAAUUAUUGGCCGAUAAUCAAAGACUAGAAGCAACUGUUGCUCAACUUGACACAGAACUUCGUACAACAAAUGAACAAGUCACUCAACUUACCCAUGAACUGCAUAAAAAGACAGAACUUAUUCAAAUCCUCACAAAUGAUGUGGAUGACAGUGGAUCAGAAGCAGGAACUCCAUCUGGGGGUCUGCGCUCCAUCAAUCUGGAACUCCUCCAGAAACAUGUGUCGUCUUUGGAGGAGGAGAACCGUUCCCUGCGGCAUGAGGCCAGCCAACUGGCUCAUGAAACAGCAGAUUGUGAGCAAGCGGAGCAGCGACUUGUACAGGAGCUUUCCUUACAGUUGUCCAGUGCAAAUCAAGAGAUGUCUGCAUUGUCGGUUGAGUUGGAACGUGUCAAGGAAGAAAGCAGACUCCAGCAUGAAGAAAUAGUAAGCUUAACGUGCAAACUCAAUGAUGCUGAGACCAAGUUGCAAAAGACAACUGUAGAGAAUGAAGAGCUCUCAAGCACACUGAAUAUCACAAGGGAUAAUCAGAACAAAUUGGCUAUGGAGCUAGCAGAGUUCAAAGAUCGUUACGCUGAGGUUAUGAACCUUCUAAGAGACACACAAGAGCAGUUACGUCGACAGAGACGUAAAGGUCUUCCAACUGCACGAGGCGGUUCAUUGUUCCCAUCACUAAAUGCUACAGCAAAUCCUGAUUCUAUUGCCAGUGAACUGGAGAGUUCUCUCUACUCUGAGCUCAGCCUAGAUUCAGGCAUCAGCACUGACAAACCUUCUUCAUUCAAAAAAGUGUUUGAAACUGUACGAUGUGCCUCUAGAGGUUCAGCUCACAGCACAACCAGUAGCAGUCCUAUUCAUCAGAUGUACCCCCGUUUGAGCACAGGAUCAACUUCUGUUCUGUCUUCAACUGCGUCUACUGGGCCACGCAUGUCUGCGUUUGCUUCCACUACCCACGCUGCAUCAUCUCCGGGGCUGCCUUUGCACCAGUCGCCUGCCGGCCUCUUUCCUGUGCCGCCUCCGCAUCAUCGCCCUACUCCUCAGUACGGUAGUGCUCUGAGUUUCCCCAGCCUGGAUUCUGUUGGUCAGAGUGACUCGGAGAGUUCAAUGAUGACUGACAGUGAGCCUGAAUGUUAUCCUGGUGGUGCUCGCCCUGGUGUACCUGGAGUUCCUGGGGCUGCUGACCUUGAAGACGCCCUGAGGAGGUUGACACCUGCAGAAGUAAUAGCUCGUCGUGCCAUGUUGUCUUCCGGUGCUUUCAUUGGUUAUGAAGAUGGUGGUACAGGAGGUCUCUCUCCUCCUACGUACUUGCCAUAUGGUUGUCGCACACCUGACAGUAUUAUGUCUACAGGAAGCAGUGGGCUCAGUGGCUUUAGUGGGCACAGCAAUGGAUGGAAACUCCCAGAAAAACUGCAGAUCGUCAAACCUAUGGAAGGUUCCUUAACAUUGGCUGCAUGGUCUCAAUUGGCUACUCCUACUCUGGGGGGUUUGCUUGAUGAACGACCAGGAGUAAAGACUAGAGGGGGCCGCCCCCUGGAAGAAUUGGGUCUACAUACCUACACUCUCUCAGACUUGGAAGAAGAUGAUGAAGAUCUGGGAAAUCCUGGUAAAAGCUUCCAGAGCUCAAGCUCCAUCUACACAUAUACUAACAGCACUGUGCUUCAUCCUGAUGACAACACAACUGUCACUCACAGCCUCCAGGGAAGUCAGAUGUGUCCGUCAGCUCCAAUGAGUCACCAAAUUAGUCGACAGUCUACUGCCCCUCCCACUCCAGGGACAAGAAGUAGACGAAAUUCUACCUCCACUUUCAGCACCACUUUGGGUCUAGCAAAACUGCUAAAUGAACGAGGCAUUAAGGCUGUCACUCCAUCAGCGGUUGCGACUCCUUGUCACCCUAGCAGUUUUACCCCUACUGCCACCCCUUGCAACAGCCCUGAUGGAACACCACCACCGUCUCCUCCUGCCUCUCCUCCACCUUAUAACCCCUUGAAACUAGGUUUCCUGAGUAGUGGAGCAGAUUUAUUGAGGCGGACAUUCUCAGCUGAAAAUGAAAGAGUUAAACCAAUUCAAAAGCAAAAAAGGAGCAAAAUGUCACUAUCGCGCUCAGAUAGGAAGGCACUAACAGGCAUUCGGCUUGUGGAGAAACUUGAGAGGAUUGGUCUGGAAACAAUCAUGUCUACUACUGCUUCAAGUAUGUCCCCGCUAACUCUCCAGGGAUCUCUGUAUUCACGACGAACUCUGAAGAGCCCCAUGGCCCAACUUACCAGCUUUAAGAAUACUAUUACUUCACCUGCUGUAUCUUCCAAAGUUGAACCUCCUCGUAAAGAACCCCUGUUAGAACAACUGAGCUCUCCUCGGAGCAGACCUAUCUCUGAGCCUAAAAUUGGCAGCAAGAUGAAGCCUGGUGAACUGGGUGUACCUUGUCGUCCUGGUACUGGUGCGUUAGAUAGGCUAUCUUCGCAUCGGCAGCCAAGCGGGAUGGUUCGCCCAGACCUUGGUACAGUAUUUGGGAAUGGUCCCCCUGUUCGAGGAAGCCAGUCUGAAUCUUGUGUAUCACCUGCUUUAGGAUCAGUCAGCUCCAUGUCUUUAGGAAGAAAAGGUGGUCUUCUCUGAAUAUCUGUUUCUUCAGUCCAUUAACUUUUCUAAAACAAGUCCUGAGUUAAAUGCCAAAAUUCAUGUAUUGUAAUUGCAACUAAACUGUCUAUUCCAGUUACAACAAAACUGGAUUAGUGUGAUGGUCUGCAAUGUUCCUACUUCUCUAUGUGAUAUGUUAUUUUUACAUAUAAAGUUUCAAUGGACAAUUUUUCACACCUUGAAAAAAAAGUAUUUUUAUUUGUGAUCUUUUAAGAGAGGUGUGCCUUUAUAUUUGGAAUAGUUUAUUGAUUGACUUAAUCAACUUUAUUUUUUGAUGAAGUAGGUCAUUGCUUUCCAAUAAGAGAGUGAAUUUUAGUUUUCUCUCCUGUUAGAAAGUAGACUACAGUUCAACCAAAGAACAGUUAUGGAAGCUUCCAUUGAAGUGAUGCUUGAUAUUUAUGGCACUGACUGAGAAAGAAUAUUGUAUAUAGUGUAUAUAGUGGCUGCUACCAAGUUACAAUUAACAAUUGUAUAAUUUUAAAACUCUGUAUUGAUUAUUUCAAACAGUACGUUAAUAGUUUUUUUCCUGAGAUCUCCAACCAGUUAUUAAAGUAUACAUGAGAUCAUUUAAUAUCAGGAUCAAUUCAUGAAUUGUGACUUAAACCUAUUUGGCAGUUGAUAGUUUGACGAUCAGUAUUAUCUUUAUUUUGGCACAUUUAAAAAGAAUUUUACAUUUAGAUAGACUUAAUACAUUUCUGAGAAAUAAUAAACUGAGUAUAAAGACUUCUCUUAAGUUAUUUGAAAUUUACAUUUCUUAUACAAGAUUUCUCAUUUAUUUUCUAUAGGCAGCUGUAUACGGAGUGAGUGGUUGUGAAGUCUUGUGGGUAAUGUACCUUGUGCAGCUCGUGUCAGUCUUUUGUUGGAAGACUGUACAUUAAGCUGUAAGUGAACAUUGAUGUUCACAGUGUAAAAAAAAAUUUGUAAAUAAAUAUUUUGUUCUUCAUUACUUAGUAGACUUGUUUUGAGUCGCAGAUAAAAUGAGGAAUUAAUUUAUUGUAAAUGUUUUUCAGUAAGUCUGGAAAAUUCAUUUACACUUAGUCAUAAGUUUUGUUCCCAUUUUUAUUUGAAAUAGCUGCAGCAGUUAACAGUAGUAAACAGAUUUGGUCUUGUCAUUUACUAUUAAAUAUUUUGUAGGUAGUGAUUUAUUUUGUACAAAUAGUUUGUAAUAAUACCCUUAAGUUGUAAUGAAUGAGGGUUUUGGUUCAUUCUAAUUUUCUAAAAAAAUGUUGAUUGCUUAGAAGUUUGAAGUUGAAGUAGUUUAAAAUUAUUCCUUGGAUAAUAUUUUUCUUAGUUCUAAAUUCAUCUGUACCUUUGCUGCAGCUGCAUUCUAGGGAAUGAUACCUGUUACCUAAAUAUGCAGGAGAAAUUUACAUUUAUUGCAGCAGUAUUGAAUUUUCAUAUUAUCUUCAAUGAAGUCCUGAUCUAUGUACAUUAAUCAUGGUGCUGUUUUAUUUAUAAAAUAUACUUUGAAGUAGUAUAUUAAAGUAAAUUUUUUUGUGGAUUUGUGACUUAUUUUGGGGGUAAGGGCAGUGACACUAACUAAUCCUGAGAAGUGACUUUUUAGUACUCUGUAGAUAGCUUCUCCACUAAGCACAUUGACUGUUGUCCUGAUAAAAUGCCUGUAUUUUAACAGCAGUUACAAAACCUUUCAAAAUACAGAUGUGCAAAGGA